AUGAAUACUAUUCAACAAGAAAUUCCUAUUAUUUAUCUUUCAACACAAAAGUUACAUCAAUAUUCUUCACAAACAAUUUCUACAAUUUCAUCAUUUGAUAUGCAACAAGAUGCUUUAACAAAUAAUACAACAAUGAGAACAUCAUAUAGUACACAAUUAUCUCCUAUAUCACCAACACACAAUGAUAAUCAUUCGUCGUUAGAUCAUACAACUGAUAGUUCAACAACAGUGCCACAUAAUCAAUUCUCUGUUUCACAAAUCAUACAAACAAGUCAUCACUAUCAACCAUUGAAUAGCAGUUUAAAUUUAUCAAACAAUAAACAUCGACGAUCAAAAUCAUAUGAAGAUGAUUUACACAUCAAUAAACGAACAAAAGGUGAUUCAUUUGUUGAAGAUACACAAUUAAAUAUAUUAAAUCUUGAAAAAACAUCAUUAUUAUCUGAGCGAUUCAUCACGAUGGCAACAAAUAAUAAAUCAUUAAUUUGUACAAAUAAUCAAAUUAAACAAAGAACUAUAAUUCCUGAUCAUGAUCGUUCAUUACAACAACAAGAAGAAAAUUAUUCUCGAUCAUCAAUAAUAGAUAAAUCAUCAUCAACAAACAUUCUAGCUGUAUCAAAUAUAAAUGAUCAUGCAAAUGAUAAUCAUUUAUUAUGUUCUUCAUAUUCUGAUUUAUCUAGAACAAGAACAAUUCUUCCUAAUUCAUUUAUAUCAUCAUCAUCAACAUAAUUUAAAAAAAAAUUACAGUGUAUUCGAUUAAAUUCUUCUCCAAAAAAAAUUCAUAGUUCAACACAAACUGGUAAUACUAUUUCAUCUUAUACAAAUCAUUUAGAUUUAUUUAAAGAUCUAUUAUUUCCAGUUAAUGAUAUUAAUAAUCAAUUAACAACAUUAAAUAAUUCAAAUAUAGAAGAAAAAGAAAAUUUUCAUUUAUCAAAUCAUGUGGAAAAUUGGUCACUCGUUCAAGUUGAAGAAUAUAUUGAAAAAUUAACCAAUAAUACUAUUGCUGAAAUUUUUCGUGAACAUGAUAUUGAUGGUAGAGCAUUAUUAUUAUUAACAGGAAGACAUUUAUGUCAUAACAUGAAAAUUAAAUUAGAUAAAGCACUGGUUAUAUUAAAUGGUAUAAGAAAAUUACGUCAAUAUUAUGGACAAUCUUUUUCAUAA